AUGGAUACCACAGUUUUAUUGAUACUUUUUCUUGUCUUUACAACAAUUUAUGCUUCUAAUCCUGAAUGCGAGAAUGUUCCAUAUUGUGAAUGCUCGGCAAAUGAAACGGGGGAUAUAAAUUCUAUUUUAAUUUCAAAUAAAAAUUUGACAUUUAAAAUAGGUGUAGCUUCAUGGUCAGAUUUCCAGGUCGAUUGUAAUAAUCUUGGUUGGAAUGAAUUAAAUAUUACGAGAAAAGAAUUCGCAGAUGUAAUCGAUUCUGUGAAGUUUAUAAAUUGCCACUUACCAAGAAAAUCUACAUUUAAACGAAUUGUCGAAAGAUUUGGAAUUAAAGAAACAAAUGGACUGAGCUUUCAAUCUUAUAACAAGCUCAGCACAGAACUUAAAAAAAAACAGCUUGAAGGAUUUUCAGAUUUGAUCAAAUUAGUUUUAUCCCAUAAUAGUUUAACUAAUAUAUCAUCUGAUUUGUUUAGCAGUUUUUCUGAAUUGGAGUUUCUUGAUUUAUCUGAAAAUACUCUUGUUUUGAGCAAAGAUACAUUUAAUGAAACAUUGAAUCUUAAUAAAAAUUAUAAAUUGAAAAAAGUAUUCUUAAAUGGUAAUGAAGGAGAAUUAAAAAUAUUGCCGAAUAGAUUUUUAAGUGAUAAAGAAAAUCUUGAGGAAGUUGAAUUAAAAAGAAAUCAUUUGAAUCGUAUACCAGAAAAUCUUUUCUGGUAUUCAACAUCUUUGAAAUAUAUCGAUUUAAGUCAGAAUGUUCUUAGAAGAUUACCAGAAUCUAUCUUUAGAGAUUCACAAAAUAUUGAAAAGAUCUCAAUAAAACAUUAUACCGAGAAAAGUAACGUUGUUGUUUACGUCAAUAACAAUCCGAUAUUAUGCGAUUGUAAUCUAUAUUCUCUUUUGCGAUAUUGUAAAAAUUGUGUGAACAAAAAUGUAUAUAGUUUCGUUAAACUUGAUUUUGGAAACSUUCAGUGUCUUCAACCAAAUGGAAUAGUAGGGCCACGAAUUAAUCAACUAGAUUUUACGACGUACCAAUGUCUCGAGAAUGAAUACUUUAAAAUUGGAAAAAAAUGUCGAGAGGGUUGUUCUUGUAAAAUAAGACCUUAUGACAGAACACGAGUUAUAGAUUGUUCGAACAGAAAUUUUGUGUCAUUCGCGAUUAAAGAGAAACAUAUGAAUUAUUUUGGAAAGUAUCCAUUUGCAUUGAAUCUUAGAUCGAAUAAUAUGGAGAUGAUACGUACAUUGAAAGGUUUAGUAUCACUUAACGUAACAGAAUUAUUGUUAUCUAAUAACCAGUUUUCUGAAAUACCGUUGGACAAAUUACCAACAACUCUCAAAGUAUUAGAAUUACAUAAUAAUAAUCUAGUAAUGUUGAGUUAUGAAGCAUGUGACUUCUUGUAUCUUCAAGACUUCAAAGUACUUACUUUAAGUGGGAAUCCAUUUGUAUGUGAUUGCGAAGCUAGAUUUUUAUAUAGAUUAGUUUCACAAAAGCAACAUCUUUAUGCAGAUUUUAAAAAUGUUAAAUGUGAGGACAAAAAUAUUCCUUUACUUAAUAUGUCCUAUGAAAAAUUGUGUCCAUCCUACUUUCUACAUUAA